CAACAUAGUUUACUCGAUUUAUACGUCAGCCUGCAAAAUGCUCGUCGGUGCUACCACAUUUCGUUGACUGCUUCAAACAGCUUCUUUCCACUCGCUAAUGCGCUUCUGCCAAGAGAUCUUUUCAAGAGAAUAGUUUUCGCAAGAAAGUUCUGUUAGAGCUUGGGAAGUAUGAAUCAUACUAUCUUCAUAGUAUGAAUCAGCUGUUGUGACAACGUGCACUUUUAAAAAGAAAAUAGAUAAGCUAAUAGAGUUGAAUUCGAAAAGUUGUAUCUAGCCAUCGCUAAAGCAAGAAAUGUUUAUACAGCUAUGUUGAAGAAAAGAGAAGAAUCCUGAAGUGCCUUUGUAUCUAAGUGUCGAGUGAUUAGUUUUCGUGAAAGAGCAGCGGCUGUUCUUCAAUGAGUUGUUUUACUCGCAGAGAAUUGGUUGGUUAUUCAACGAUAGCAAGACGAUUGGUUCAGAGAAGAAAUUCGAAAUCGAGAAGACAGAUAGUGUUACAAGUUAUUUAUUGUGGCAACUCGUGCCAUCAAAUGAAAAUCAAUAGUCGGUUAGAGAAAAUAUACUUGUCGACGAGUCGAUAUGCAGCUACAGUCCGUGACAUCCUCUCAGGACAUUUUACGACCGGUCGAUGAAACUUCAAACCAUUAUUCUAAGGAGGAAAGAAGACGGACUGGUCGCUAUGUCGCCGGUGGAGCAGCCUUAGCCAUUAUACUCAUUGCAGUUUAUCAUGUGUUUGCAAGAGGGGCAUCAACAAUAGCUGGAAUUUGUAUACCUGCCAUUAUUAUGGUGACUUACAUACUUUGGGUACUUUAUGCAGCACGAAGAGAUCGGAUAAGGACACUAAGACUUGCAUCAGCUAUGAAUUUGCCGAACAUCAAUGACACUUCAAACAUCUGCGAUAUGACAAGACGUAAUAUUACCAACCCUCUAACAAGUACAAUAGAUGUAUAAAAGUACAGUGGCACAAACGUAAAUGACAAGCAAAUGUUAACUAAAGAGCAACAAAGCAUUUGAACGAUGCAGCAAUGGAAAGAAUGUAUUUAUAUUUUAAAUAUUUAAAAUAAAUUAUACACCCAUAUUCAUACGCAUUUUAUCAACGAAUGUAAAUAUACAUACGUUUAGUGUUGAUUUUGAUGAUUAUAAUAACGAUAAACAAAAAUUAAACAAAAGUUAUAAAUAUAUUUUAGAAGCCUUGUUUAAAUGUUUAACAAGCAUUAUCACUUUCAGAAAAUAAAAAUUUUGACAACAUCAAUGAAAACAUUUCUCAAUCAUUUGGCCAACGUAUCUUAGGCAACGUAAGCAGAC